UCGCCGAGAGUUUAGAUGAAAAUCGAAAUGCGAAAUUGUUUUUUUUUUUAUUAAUUAAUACGGAAAAAUUUUAAAUAAAUUAACAAUAACAAAAUAUGCUUUUUAAGAAUAAUAUAUUUCAAAUUUUACUGAUGAUCUAUAUGUUUUAUAUAAAACAAAUAUUUUGCAAUGAAUUGUGCUGGAACAAUGAAGAAGAGUGUAAUAUUAAAACGGAAUUAUAUAAAAAUUUUGAACUUUCACAUGGCUUAACAAUGCAAAUCGAUUGUCAUUUAAAUUUUACAAAAAACCACACACUAGAUAAUAAUCACCUGCAAACAGAAACAAAUGAUUUUCAAACAUCAACAAAAAAUCGUUUCAUGGGCAUAGAAAGUGUAAUGCUGGACGGUUGCCAAACGCCAUUAAAUGCUCUAACUUAUGGUUUGGAAUAUUUGCCAAUAUGUAAAUCUAUAAUAAAAGUUUCAAUAAGGCAUUUUCAUAUGGAUAUACUAAGACCAUUCCAUUGUCAGGGCGAUAAUACACAACUACAAUUAGAAUAUUUAAAUAUACAAUUUAAUGAAAUAUCAACCAUUGAAGCUGAUUCCUUUCUAUCUAACACACCACAAUUAAGGGAUGUGUACAUUGAGAGAAAUUCAUUAAAACUUAUACACAAAAAUGCCUUCAAAGCAAUUAGAUCAUUAGAGAAUUUAUAUAUUGUCAAUGAACCCGUGCUGAUGUUGAAAUUUCCUGAUUUAUUUGAAUACACCAGUGUUGCCAGUGUACAUUUGGAGGCGCUAAAACAAAUGACGUCAGACAUUUUUGAACAUUUACCUGAAACUUUGCAAAAUCUCUACGUUGCCAAUACACCACUCGACAAUGUUGCGGUGCAGCUGAGAAAUUCUCUCGUUUUAAGAAAUCUCACCAUAAAACAUUGUGCUCUAGAAAAUUUUACGUUACACGAUGUUCAUUCAACCGUUAAACACAUUGAUUUAAGUGACAAUGUCAUGAAAACAUUUACAUCAUAUGAGAACAAAUUAAAGCAAUUAAAUUUAAGUAAUAAUCAAUUACAAUGGUUACCAUUCGAAUGGUUGGUGAAUCUUAGCAAUUUGGAAAGUCUUAUACUAACAGGAAAUCAUAUAAAAUUUUUACAUUUGAAUAGUUUAUUAAAAUCUAUACCAAAUGUUUUACUAUUCGAUUUAAGCCAAAAUAAGCUACAAUCUUUACAGGAUUAUGAUAAAGUCAUCCCGGAUGUAAGACUAGCACAAGUACGCAUAAAAUGUGAUCAAAAUCCUUGGGAUUGUUUGUGGUUACAUCAAUUUGCCCACAAUUAUCCGGAGAAAUUUCGCAUAUUAAAAUAUGAAAAAUUUAUAUCGAAAAUAAAUGUUAAUGGACUACAGUGUAUACCAUCGGAAAAAAUACCACCCACUACCGCCGUCAGCACCACAAAUAAUUCAACUCAAACUAAUAACACCGCCCUAACUGGUGAUCAUUUUUUGAACGUUUCAACAUAUACUUUAGUUUAUGGCAGUCCUUGGGAAUUCAAAAGAAAUCAAAGAGCCGAAGCUUUAAUUAUUGUUUUCAUGUUGCCCUUAGGUAUAGCCUUACUUUUUCUGCUACUCUAUAUGUGGAUUUAUUGCCAGAAAAUGUUUCAUUUAUCCUAUUACAAAGGCUUCUCUUGCAUGCAAAUGCCAGCGAAUCAUCCAAGUCAACGUUUUGAUGUUGUUCGACAAUUGCCAUUAUCACCUCUACAAACUGAAAGUGGACGACCUUUAACACAACUACUCAAUGGAAAUGAAAUGGCCUAUGAAGUGCCUAUUAAUGGUAUUGUUUCCGAAUGCAAUUGUAUAGCGCUACAUAGUGGUGGCGAUGAUGAUACAACGGCUGUGAAAUGUCAAAAAUCUGUUCAUAUUACCUAUGAACAGUUACCCAACGAAGAACCUCCCAGUCAGAUUUAUGAAGAGAUAAUAUAAGUUAAUGAACUCAACUAUCUUUUAAAACACUUUUUGAUUUAACCCUCUGUUGACUGAUGUGGUAGUUUGAUAGACACCAAAAAAAAAUCGAGAAAAAAAUUGAUUUUUCAAUUUAUACUUUGUCAAAAAACACUGUUUAACAUGCAUUGUCGUGUCGAAACUAAAAAAUAUUACAAAAAUAACCACCUAGACCUUUAGGGCGGUUUUCUCACUACUCCGUUAAACUAGGCUUAACUUGCUGUAACAUUAAACUCGGAAUAAAUUUAAACGGACUUUAACCAAUGAUUGUGUGUUUUCAGUUAACGAUGUAAAAUCAGUUAACUUUGUUUGGCCGGGUUUCUUACUCCUCAGUUAAACUAGGCUUAACUUACUGUUAUAUCAAACUCGGAACAAAUUUAGGCGGACUUUAAGCGAUGAUUGUGUUUUUCAGUUUUAGAU